CAUAGACCAAUAGGGGGUUGGGGUAAAUCCCUUCUGAGUUGUCUUUACGCGGGUCUACCCCAUUUCGUCAACAGUUCAAGAGUGGACUCUGAGGACUGAACAUUUAUUUCAUCUUCGAUACGAUUCAUCAUGAGAGUUCUUUUGGCCUUGACUUUAUUGCUUGGCUCGGCCAGUGCCGUGUCCUUCUUUGAGGUCGUUGUUGAGGAAUGGGAGUCCUGGAAAUUUGCCCAUGCUCAGAACUAUUCUAGUCCGGCUGAGGAGAAAUUCCGCAUGAAGGUCUUCAUGGAGAACAAGGCCAAGGUGGCCAAACAUAACAACCAAGCUCAUCGAGGACAACACACCUACUUCAUGAAGAUGAACAAGUAUGGAGAUCUCCUCCACCACGAGUUUACCAAUCUAAUGAACGGUUACCGAAUGGACUUGCGAAAGAAAUCUCCUGUGGGAGCCACUUUCAUCUCGCCCGCCAAUGUUGAGCUGCCCACCGAGGUUGAUUGGAGAACCAAGGGCGCCGUCACUCCUGUCAAGGAUCAAGGCCAAUGUGGCUCCUGUUGGGCGUUCUCGGCCACCGGAUCAUUGGAGGGUCAGCACUUCCGCAAGAAUGGCAAGAUGGUGUCCCUGUCUGAACAGAACUUGCUCGAUUGCUCCACGUCUUAUGGCAAUGAAGGCUGUGGUGGUGGCCUCAUGGACUUUGCCUUCACGUAUGUCAAGGAUAAUGGCGGCAUUGACACAGAGACCGGUUACCCGUACGAGGGUCAAGACGAAUCUUGCCGCUACCAAGUCAACACCAGGGGCGCCACCGACAAAGGCUUCGUCGAUGUGCCGAAAGGCGAUGAGGGGAAACUCAAGGAGGCUGUGGCCACCAUUGGACCCGUUUCCGUGGCUAUUGAUGCCUCCAAAGACUCUUUCCAAUUCUAUUCUCAUGGUAUCUAUGAUGAAGAAGAAUGCGAGCCAAAUGCCCUUGAUCACGGUGUUCUAGUUGUUGGUUAUGGAACUGAAGAGGGAGUGGAUUAUUGGUUGGUCAAGAAUUCCUGGGGAACCAGUUGGGGCGAUGCUGGAUACUUGAAGAUGAUUCGGAACAAGGAUAAUCAAUGUGGAAUUGCUUCAGAGGCAUCAUACCCGCUUGUGUAGGCAAAAAAAGAAGAUAUUUUUCGCUUCAAGACUAACUGAUUUAUCGUGGUAUUCUUGUUUUGGUUUUCUAAACGUCCUCCUUGGAACAAUAGUGAAACAUUGUGCGGUUAUAAAACAUAAUAGAUUAUUUACCGUUCCAAGAACUCUCGCUUUCAUUUAUUACAAAUCACGUACCGUUUUCCAUACUUGUUUGGUCACCUUUCAAUAUUGAUGUCUCGUUGACAUAUUUUAGUACUUGGAAAUCCUUAUUAUGAGUUA